AUGUCCGGCACACCAUCCGCGCCAUCGACUCCCUCCAAUACCCUGCUGCUUCGCCGGCAGCUAACUGAAUUGACGAAACAUCCUGUCGAAGGCUUUUCUGCCGGCCUUGUAGAUGAUAGCAAUCUUAUGGAAUGGGAGAUCUUGGUCAUCGGACCUCCUGACACGAUGUUUGAGGGAGGAUUUUUCAAGGCGCGAUUAACGUUUCCGCCAGAGUUCCCCCUCCUCCCGCCUAAGAUGCGGUUUAUAACCCCGAUGUGGCACCCAAAUAUCUACCCGGAUGGCACUGUCUGCAUCUCCAUUCUCCACGCUCCUGGAGAUGACCAGUACGGUUACGAAGAUGCAGGCGAGCGUUGGAUGCCAGUACAUUCCAUCGAAUCAAUCCUGCUCAGCGUAAUUUCCUUGUUAUCCUCUGACUCGCCGAACCUCGAUAGUCCCGCAAAUGUAGACGCCGCGAAGGAAGUCCGGACAGACUUUGCUGCAUUUAAGAAGAAAGUUCGUCGUUUGGUCAGGAGAAGUGCUGAAGAGGCUUUUGAAUGA